CGCGAAGAGAGGAAAGUCUCUAUGCAGUGUCGCAUCCGCGAAAAAGUAGACACGCGAUGGAAAGCGUAAAUAUUUACAUCUCUUGAGUGUUCGUCGGCGCAUUUUUUUAUUUGUAAUCAUGAUAGACGGGAACAUCUCGAUGGAGGAGGACACGGAAUUACGGGAUCUUGUGGUGCAGACCCUGGAGAAUAACGGCGUCCUCGCUAAGAUACGGGCGGAACUCAGGGCGAGCGUGUUCCUGGCACUCGAGGAGCAGGAUUCGGUAAUGAAUCCUGAGCCACUUCUCAACAAAACUGUAAAACAGUACCUGUCCAAUUCAGAAGGAAAAUUAUUAUUUUCCUUAGUUAGGGAGUUCCUAGAAUACUUUGGUCUUGACUAUACAAUAUCUGUAUAUGAUCCUGAGACGUACUUUGGAAAGGAAUAUAACUAUGUAGGAAGAAAUAAGUUGUGUGAAGAGUUAGGUAUUGAUUCAACCGAGCCAUUGCUGGGAGAAAUUCUGAAAAAUAGCAUCAAUGGUGCCUUCAAUAGUUCACAAAAGAGCAAAAAUAGCAACAGACACGACGAAACGGAUGAAACCUCAACACACUUUGCAAACGCGACAUUCGAAGUGUCCGUUCCCAAAAUAAUUCAUACUGAAUCCGUGUCGUCGUCGAAUGACAAUGAUUCCUCUGAAAAGUUAGAUACUACUUCCGAGCAGAGUCCGAAAGUUCCAAUAAACGUGACAAUAACGGACAAGAAAUGCAAAGAUCCGCCGGCCGACUCCGAUAUUAGGACGGAUACGUCGGAUAAAUGUCAAUCUUCUCUCAGGGAGAGUACAACAGACACUGAAGGAAUUGAAGGUAACAGGAACAAUAAUGUAAAUUUUGAUAAGUCCACCGCAAGUCCACACGGCGCAUGCACGACGACGAACGACGUGGCACAGGAGACUGAUAGUACCGUUACGUCUAAUCAAACGAGCCCACUGAACAAAUCCGAGUCCCUAAUUAAGUUCGACGAGUCUAUAGCGAUUGACACGCAAGCGAAUCAAAACGAGGAUGUAACUAAGCAAAACAGUAUAAAUAGUUUGGAGCUAAGCAUAGAGAAUAAUGUACAAAGUAAGAAACCGGUUAACGCGGGAAGCAAUUUCGGGAAGACUUUAUAUUUUGACGAGAUUAUCAUCGGCGGUGAGCGGAAGAACGUUAGUACAAUGAAUAAAGCCGAGCCUUUUCUAGAAGACUUGCCGAGUAUAAAUCAAAAAGCUAAUUCUAUAUUUGGCGAUUUGCCGCCACUGAAUGGUAAAAAGGCCAACAUCAAUGAUCUGAAGGAAUUAAUGAACAUUAGUCUUGCUGCAGAUGGUAUCGAUCACUAUGAAGAGGACUUUGUGUCGUCUGCAUCCGGUAGCGCAAACGAACAAAGUCCCUCUAAGGAGCCGGACAAACUGGACAGUCCUCUGAAAUCGCGAACGAAGAAAGAGGAAAAAACUCCCAGUGCCCGCACUGAGGACUUGAGCGAAGAGAUCGAAGAAGUGGACGAAAUCUUGAGUAGUACCUCCUGCCUCGAAGAUACGAAUACGGAUAAGAAUAUAUCAAACUUUACGACGGGUAUUACCGCGGAUUAUACCUAGAAGAAGUGUGUAAUUUUUGAUCGUGUCACGCCGCAGGUCCUCUAUGAGAAUAUUAGGGACUCGUUUCUCUCACGUGUAAUCUGUAUGAGAUCGAUAUCCUAUUGCUAAGGCAUCCGCGCGUCUAUGCCGACUACUAUAAGAAUUCAGGAACUCGCAGAAAUCAAUUCAUAGUUUCUGAUAAAGGCACUGCCAAGCCGUGGCUCAAUACUUAUAAGUUACGCUGCAUGAAAAGAAACGUAGAAGGAAAAAUGUCUGAAUGCAUAUUUCGACAGAUGAUACGAUAUUUUUGUACGCUUUGUAAAAAUGAGCGAUGUUCCGAAACUGUCAUAGCUACUAUUCUUACAACACUAACAAAGUAAAGGAUGAAAUAUAUGCAGAAUUGUAUUGAAUUGUUAUAUAAUAAUGAAAUAUGCAAUAUUUUCCAACUUUUUAGUUUAGAUAAGUCUUUGCCUGUAUUUUGAACAAAGAGAAGUAAUACAUUAUUGAGUAUUCAAAUAAACUUCUUUAUUUUAUUCAACUUCAGACAGACUACCUUCUACGUUGUUAUGUAAAAAAAAAAAAUAUGCCUAGUAUUAUUACUCUUAUAAGCAAAUUACACAAGUGUUAUGAUAAUUUAAAAUUAGAGACGACGAGUUACUGCUUAUUAGUAACUAAUUAUAUUUCUCUUUUUUUUCUUUUUUUUAACUCUCUAUUAGCGUUUUGUUGUGUUUACUGAAGUAUCUCUGUCCUUAAUUUUAUGACUGAACAUUGUCCAUUACCUCAUUUACAUAAAGUUACUGGUAUGAUAUUGUAACAAUAUCAGGAAAUCGUCCGUCUAGAAAUGGAUUGCCUAAAAAAUCCAUCAAAUUAUUUUUUCGAACAUAAUGGUGCUAAGUGUUUGAAGCUAAAGUUAUUUAUGAAAGUUAAAGUUAUCUAAGGGAAAAAAGUAAAAAAAAAAAGAUUAGGUGCUUAUAUAUUUUCUUGCAGCCAUGAUUUGCAGGAAAUUAUGAUUAGUAAAAGCUGUAGACUAGAAAUAUUAAUUUUUGGGUAAUCCAACUCGAUUGCAAAAAAAAAGAAGAAAAAACAUUUUAAUAUCAAUAUUUUAUGCCCCGUAUAAGAUGCAAUAACUAAGUACAACUCAAGGUGGAUCAACUAGAUGCUUGACAAAUCAAAAUCUUUUUGUAAACAAAAAAAA